CAAUGGGCUGCGCCGGCAAGUAUAGCUUAGGCUCUCCACCAGAGUCGAGCCCCAUCCUCGUCGGGUAUCAGAGAGCCCAAUUGGAGAUCGGCCCAGAGUGGACUCUUGGUCCACAAAAGACACGUUUGCCGUGAAACGCCUGUAGCCUGGGACUCUGGUGUGGCAGAGGGAGAGGGAGCGAGAGAGAAGAUGGACGAACUCUUCGCUAGCUUGCUGUUGAUGGUUCUGGUGAUUGCUGUCUUCCCUUUACUUCUUUGGAGACGUCGUCAGGAAUCGCGUUCUCCCCAACCACCGGUGGUUCCACAUCAGGACACUGUAGUUCAUCAUGGUGGAGUUAGGCGUAUGAGACGAAGGCCAGCUGCAAGUGCAUCAACAUCAUCUGCCAUGCAAGAAGACAUUGCUGUUCAAAGCGAGGAAGAGGAUUCUGCUGGUGAUAACUAUGUUGCCAAAUCUUCUAAGAAGAAAGAGAAAAAACGUCAAGAGCGGGAAGCACAACGCCAGGCUGAGGAAGCUGCACGUGAGACAAGGCAAACAAAGCAAGACCGUUAUGCUGAAAUGAGAAGGAGAAAGGAUGAAGAACGUGAAGCUCAGGAACGUCUACUGGAGGAGGAAGCUAUGGCUCGCAAAGCGAAGGAGGAGGAAGCUGCUACUCUAGAGUUUGAGAAAUGGAAGGGAGAAUUUUCUGUUGAUGCUGAAGGUAGUGGAGAGAAUGAAAUGCCUGAUGGAAGCCAAGGUCUACUUUUUGAUUUUGUGGAAUACAUUAAGAAGCAGAAGUGUGUGCCUUUAGAAGAUCUGGCUGCCGAGUUCAAGCUACGUACUCAGGAUUGUAUCAACCGCAUAAAUUCCUUGGAGAAGAUGGGGCGUUUAUCUGGGGUUAUGGAUGAUCGUGGCAAGUACAUAUACAUCUCUUUAGAGGAGAUGCAAGCAGUUGCAGAUUACAUCAAGCGGCAAGGCCGAGUUAGUAUUUCUCAUCUUGCCAGCAGAUCUAACCAAUUCAUUGAUUUGGAGCCAAAAGUUCAGCUUGAUAGCGAACUUGGUGCUGCCGAUGCAGUUCUUGUUGCAUGAUAAUGUAAAACCUUUUUGUAGAAAAUGUCUAUUUCGUCAAGGAACACAUAUAGAUGGAAGUAUGACAAUAAUUCACGUUGGGUAUUGACUUUUUUUUCCUCUCCA